AUGGAGAAUAGUUUUGAAGUUCCUAAUCUUGUGUUCCAUGGUCGCAAGUCAUUUGGGAUUGUAAUUUGGAGAGAGAAGGAUGACAGCAUUAAGAUUUUUGAGGAAGAUACAGAACGGAUGAUGGUAGUGGCAAUUGAAGCUCGUAUGUUAAAGAAGGCCGAUUUUGAUAAGAAAUUCAAUGCCUUGGAUCAACAUAAAAAGAUCAUAUAUAUGAAUAACACUGUGAGGGUCUUGGAAGGACCACUAGAGGUAUGGGCUGUAUUUAAUUGCUGCAAUGACAAUUGGCAAACGGUAUGGGAUGUAUUGAACCCUGGAUUCUUGGCAAAAGGUAUUUUACAACAUGUGUAUUAA